UUGACCAGAGAGUUUUUUUGAAAGAAAAAAAAACACACUCACUUUGGUCGGGGAAAUGUCAGAGCGGCGUAAUAACAUGAACGGGACUCCCUUUCUCCCCGUAAGGAGCCGGAAUCCAUCGAAUCCUCCCUAUUGGAGGAGGGUGGCAGAAGAAAUGAGAAGAAACGGAAGGUUCAACACAAGUGAAAGGCAAGCCACUGGAAUGCAUGUACCCCUCUUUGGUACUGUUCAUCGUCAAACUAUCUCUAUUCUACAAGUGCCCGACAUUAAUGGUCAUGGUCGACGUGGCAUCAGCCUCGGAAAUUAUCCGACCAGUGUUGCUGAACCUGUCCCUGUGAAUCAUGGUCAUGGUCGUGGCCUCAGCCUCGGAGAUUUUCUGUCCAAUUUUUCUGAACAUGUCCUUGCGGAUUGCCAUGGUCGUGACCGCGGCCUCGGGGAUUAUCCCACCAAUGUUGCUGAACCUAUCCAUGGGGAUGGUCAUGGUCAUGGCCGUGGAAGUGGAAGGGGCCAUGACAAUCAAAAUCGUGGUCGCAGUCUCCAGAGUGAUACCAACAGCAACUCGGUUCCCGAACCUAACGGUAGAAUUGUCAUGGCGCUGGCGGCUACAGGUUUUCGAAUGCCACAAAACAGAACAACUCAGAGAAACAUCGCAAGAAGAGCGAAUCUAUUGGGAAGAGUACCACAAAACGGGCCGGCCCUUGACGUAGAACAUAUUACCACGACCCGUCGUGGGAGCUGCAGUGGCCCAAGAAUCCGCCGUAAAACAACGACAAAGAAAAGGGGACAACCGUCUAAAAGGGUUGGGAAGAAUUCAACUGUGGUUGACGUCGAGCCAACGAUAGGCUCGGAGAGCCGCGAUGGGCCUAUCCGCCUUAACGGGCAGCCAAACAUUGUGGAACCUAGCUCUGACGAGAACCAUCAGAGCACAAUGCAGCCACCUCCAGCUGUUGUGAUACGGACCAAUGAAUCUGGCUACAUAGUUGCGGAAUUUGAAUCACAUAGCCCGGUUACUAUGCAACCAACUGUUCGACCACCCAAAAGUCAAAUUCCAAGUGUUUUAUCACCCCAAAGUGCACCGAGUCCAGCGACCAGGAAAAAUGAGUCCAUUUCAAGUGUUUCACCACUCCAAAGUAUACCGCUUCUAGUGCCCCCGAAUUAUGAUGAGGUGAUACGGUGUUACAACAACAAAAACAAAGAACAAAUGAACAUGAACGGCAUGGAGGGAGCAUCAGGUGUUAUGGAGUCAAAUGCUUCUCUUCCUCCCCGCAACAAUAUUAAUUAUAUUCAGAAAACAAAGAAUGUUAUACCGAGAACAAAACUGAUUGGGAAAGCCAACCCUAUCGCCAAAGCCGUGGAAAAAGACGAUACAAUAUUCGGCGAUCUUGAAGAUUUACAAUUCGUGGAUUCCAAUAUCCAACCUUCAAUCUUUGACUUUGAUUUUGAUCCUCCAAUCGAUUUUCCUCUGGCCGACUUGGACCAUGCCUGCAAGACAACCAACAUUGGGGGACCAAGCAGUUUGACGCCAACCGACUUAGCCAGCACAUCCAACACCACAGAUCAUGCAGGGAUACGGAGUGGUGUUGAUGCAACCAUGGCGGAUGGUGGUGAUGACGAUGAUGACUUCUUCAAAGACUUGGACAGUUUCAAUCCGUUGGACUUCUUUUAACCAACUCUUCGUUAGCUGAACAUGAGAGCUUUGUUAUGUUGCGUUUUGGCCCUUUUUAAACAAAUAAUUGUUCUAUUGGACUUGAUUUGAUACCUUUGGUAUUUUUAUAUUCGCAGCAAAAUUUAAAUAUUAUGUAUC